AACAGUUGGCGUGAGUGUCAGUUGAUCUGUAAGAAGCCGAGCGCCACACCGAUGGACGCAGAAAUCCUCCUCCCCGCUCAGAAAGCUCCUCUUUGUGCGGAGAACUCAGGAGCACGGAAGACGCGCGGCGCGCGUUGAGCAAGUCGGAGUCGGUGCGUGUCGUGUCUUCACAAGGCAGCCUCCAGCUCGAGUACUUUGAAAGAUCGCCCGUAACUAUAAAGAGGAAGACCGGGGGAAGAAGGGAGGGACGCUCGUCGCGGAGGUCGAGUCGUCUCCAGAAUGCAGUUCCAGCACGCCGCAUCAGCGUCCCCAACAAUGAGUCUUCCUCUUUACGCGCCGACCCCAAUUCAGCCGACUCAGCCGACCCCUUUUUACAUCGAGGACAUUCUUGGCAGGAGUGGAUCAGCUACUUCCUCCUCUGCCACCUCCUCUUCGUCAUCGUCCUCUUUGACCCCGGUUGUCCCCACGCCGACUCUCCCGUCUCCGAAUUCAUCCUUUACAAGUUUAAUUUCGCCUUACCGAGCGCCCAUUUACGAACCGUCGCCCAUCCACCCGGUGCUGUCGCACCACGCCGCAGCAGCGCUCACAGCCUCUUACAGCACCACGGGCGUUUUAACCAGCUCCGUUUACCCCUUCCACCACCACCACCACCACCACCACCGCUCCAUGGGCGAGUACGCGCAGGCACUCCUACGGCACGACCCGCUUGGGAAGCCCCUGCUGUGGACUCCGUUCAUCCAGCGCCCCCUCCACAAGAGGAAAGGCGGCCAGGUUCGCUUCUCCAACGACCAGACGAUUGAGCUGGAGAAGAAGUUCGAGACGCAGAAGUACCUCUCUCCUCCGGAGAGGAAGCGCCUGGCCAAGAUGCUGCAGCUCAGCGAGAGACAGGUGAAAACAUGGUUCCAAAAUCGACGAGCCAAAUGGCGAAGACUGAAACAGGAGAACCCUCAGGCCGGCAAGAGGGACGUGGAGGAGAAAGGCCCCGCCGGCGGGAAUCCAGACCCCGAGCCCGCCGCCGCUGCCGAGCGCGCGCACACGCGCACGCGCACGCGCACUGACUUCUCCUCCGACUUCUCGCCCUGCGGCCAUCCUCUGCACGCCGGCUCCCCGCUCGCGCACACAGACUUCCCCUCUGACAGCUGUGACGACACAGAUCAGGAACUGGACGUCGAGGCGUCGUCGUCGUCCCACUGAAGAUGAGCUCUUUGAACGCUGGGACCUGCAGAGACAAUCCGAACACUUGAGCCGCACCCUCAACUGUUGCGCCUCUUCCUUUUUUAAAAGAAAUACGGAACUCUGGUUUGUAUUCAUGUCGCCCUUUUAUUGCCGUUUUGUAAGUGAUCUGACAUGGCCGGUCGAUGACAGUCGGCACCUUCUGAGGGUCACGCAGCCCUUCAUCAUCACGUCACCACACACGUCAUCCUCACGUCACCACCCGCGUCCCUACACGUCAUCACACGUCACAGAGCUGACUGAGCAAACGGCCUACAGGUUCCCGUUUGUAUAUAACUCACCCUGUGUAUUUCAUUUCUGUUGUUUCUUUGCUGGGUGACGUCAUUGUACAGGAAUAGUCUGUAUUACUCCCAGGUGCCUGUCAGCCUCGGUGCCUUCUGACGUCAUGGAAGAAAAAUGUUUUCCAGCCUUACGGCCUAUUUCAAUAACACGGAAAUACAUUACUAAAUGUAAUUAAACUGUUUUGUUGUAUGACACUGAAUAAACUAUUUUGUGCUA